AUGAGAGUCCCACUAAUAGAUUUCUUGAGAUUCUUAGUACUCAUUCUUUCUCUUAGUGGUGCUUCAGUUGCUGCAGAUGCAACGGUGAAGCAAAACUUUAAUAAGUAUGAGACUGAUAGUGGUCACGCACAUCCGCCACCAAUUUAUGGUGCCCCACCCAGCUACACAACACCACCACCACCAAUUUACAGUCCUCCCAUAUAUCCACCACCAAUACAAAAGCCUCCGACUUAUAGUCCUCCCAUAUAUCCACCACCAAUACAAAAACCUCCCACCCCAACUUAUAGUCCUCCCAUAUAUCCACCACCAAUACAAAAGCCCCCGACACCAACUUACAGUCCUCCCAUUUAUCCACCACCAAUACAAAAGCCUCCGACCCCAACUUAUAGUCCUCCCAUAUAUCCACCACCAAUACAAAAGCCUCCGACACCAAGUUAUAGUCCUCCUGUUAAACCACCUCCGGUACAAAUGCCUCCUACACCAACUUAUAGUCCCCCUAUAAAACCACCACCAGUACAUAAGCCUCCGACACCAACUUACAGCCCCCCUAUAAAACCACCAGUGCAUAAGCCUCCGACACCAAUUUACAGUCCUCCAAUCAAGCCACCACCAGUGCACAAGCCUCCGACACCAAUUUAUAGUCCUCCGAUCAAACCACCACCAGUGCACAAGCCUCCAACACCAACUUAUAGUCCCCCGGUCAAGCCACCGCCAGUGCAUAAACCUCCAACACCAAUAUAUAGUCCUCCAAUCAAGCCACCACCAGUGCACAAGCCUCCAACACCAAUUUACAGUCCCCCUGUUAAACCACCACCUGUGCAAACGCCUCCAACACCAAUAUACAGUCCUCCUGUAAAGCCACCACCAGUGCAUAAGCCUCCAACACCGACUUACAGCCCUCCAGUAAAAUCACCUCCCGUUCAGAAGCCUCCUACCCCUACUUAUAGUCCUCCGAUUAAGCCACCACCAGUGCAAAAGCCUCCAACACCAACUUAUAGUCCACCAAUUAAACCGCCACCAGUGAAGCCUCCAACUCCAAUAUACAGUCCACCUGUGAAGCCACCACCAGUACAUAAGCCUCCUACACCAAUUUAUAGCCCACCUGUCAAGCCACCACCAGUGCAUAAGCCUCCAACACCAAUUUACAGCCCUCCAGUAAAACCACCUCCCAUUCAGAAGCCUCCUACCCCUACUUAUAGUCCUCCGAUUAAGCCACCACCACUUCAAAAGCCUCCAACACCAACUUAUAGUCCACCAAUUAAACUGCCACCAGUGAAGCCUCCAACUCCAAUAUACAGUCCACCUGUGAAGCCACCACCAGUACAUAAGCCUCCUACACCAAUUUAUAGUCCACCUGUCAAGCCACCACCAGUGCAUAAGCCUCCAACACCAACUUAUAGUCCACCAAUUAAACCCCCACCAGUGAAGCCCCCAACACCCACAUACAGUCCACCUGUUCAGCCACCACCAGUGCAAAAACCGCCAACACCGACUUAUAGUCCACCUGUCAAGCCACCGCCAAUACAAAAACCACCGACGCCGACUUACAGUCCACCUAUUAAACCACCACCAGUGAAGCCUCCGACACCAACAUAUAGUCCUCCAAUCAAGCCACCACCAGUUCAUAAGCCUCCGACACCAACUUACAGUCCACCUAUCAAGCCACCUCCAAUUCAUAAACCUCCGACACCAACUUACAGUCCACCUAUCAAGCCACCACCAGUGCAUAAGCCUCCGACACCAACUUACAGUCCACCUAUCAAGCCACCACCAGUGCAUAAGCCUCCGACACCAACUUACAGUCCACCUAUCAAGCCACCACCAGUGCAUAAGCCUCCGACACCAACUUACAGUCCACCUAUCAAGCCACCACCAGUGCAUAAGCCUCCGACACCAACAUACAGUCCUCCUAUCAAGCCACCACCAGUUCAUAAGCCUCCGACACCAACAUACAGUCCACCUAUCAAGCCACCACCAGUGCAAAAGCCUCCUACCCCAACUUAUAGCCCUCCAGUAAAGCCACCACCAGUACAAUUGCCUCCAACCCCAACUUAUAGCCCUCCCGUAAAACCACCACCAGUACAAGUGCCUCCAACCCCAACUUAUAGCCCUCCCGUAAAACCACCACCAGUACAAGUACCUCCAACACCAACUUAUAGCCCUCCCAUAAAACCACCACCGGUACAAGUGCCUCCAACACCAACUACUCCAUCACCUCCCCAAGGUGGAUACGGUACUCCUCCUCCAUAUGCAUAUCUAUCGCAUCCUAUAGACAUAAGGAACUAGGUAAACAAGAUACAGUACAUAUAUUUCCUCAAGGAUCGCCAAAUAGGCUUUCUAGCACAAGAGAGAUGUAUGUUAAAG